AUGAGUUUCAUCUUCGGAAAGCGAAAAACACCCGCAGAGCUUUUGCGGGAAAACAAGAGAAUGUUGGACAAAUCAAUUAGGGAAAUUGAGCGGGAGAGGCAAGGUUUGCAGACACAAGAGAAGAAAUUGAUUGCGGAGAUAAAGAAAAGUGCUAAACAAGGCCAGAUGGGAGCUGUUAGAGUCAUGGCAAAAGAUCUUGUUAGAACAAGGCAUCAGAUUGAAAAGUUUUACAAGCUAAAAUCACAGCUACAAGGUGUAUCACUUAGAAUUCAGACAUUGAAAUCAACACAAGCAAUGGGUGAGGCUAUGAAAGGUGUGACAAAGGCCAUGGGGCAAAUGAAUAGGCAGAUGAACUUGCCAAAUUUGCAAAAAAUCAUGCAAGAUUUUGAGAGACAGAAUGAGAAGAUGGAAUUGACAAUGGAAGUGAUGGGAGACGCAAUAGACGAUGCUUUGGAGGGGGAUGAAGAAGAAGAGGAAACAGACGAUCUAGUGAACCAGGUUCUCGAUGAGAUUGGAAUCGACAUAAACCAAGAGCUUGUAAAUGCACCAUCGUCGGCCGUUGCUGCCCCGGCUGCCAAGACUAAGGUACCUCAAGCUGAAAGUGCUGCGACUGAUGAUGGCGGGAUAGAUAGUGAUUUACAGGCAAGAUUAGAUAACUUGAGAAAAAUGUAG